AUGGAAGUCAUCUGCCGAAAUGUCCCUCCGGAUUUAUCAGAGGAUACUUUCAGGCGGGAACUUCUUCCCUUCAUGAAAGCCCUCAGCAUUUCAGAAUUCUACUGCGAAAAGCCCAAACGUAGAAAUCAAGCAUGGAUCAAGUUUCUCAACCCUCAAGAUGGUUGUGCAUUUCUCGCCCGGCAUGGCAAGCAAAGACGCCACGACGACUACGGCAAAGAGAACAUCAAACCAAGUAAUAUGUUCAAGUCGUUGCCAAGUCAUAUGUCUCGGCCCCCUCCAAGGGAUAUAGCCCGUCUUCACAUUCUCAAGACCGCCGUGUACGUGGAGCAAAACGCAAGGCCUAUGGACAAACAUGCCAUUGCGCACCUUAAACAUGAACUCGAAAAGAAGAAAAAGGCGACUGCAGCUGUGGAAAGUAAAGAAAGUCGCGUCCCAGAUAUGGCUUUCAGCAUUGCGGGUAUUAGCUGUGGUGGAAAUACAUUCUGUGGCCAAAAUGAAGUGGUGACAUUUGUUAACCACAAGGAAUUAUUUCUACCCAAACACCUCAUCGCAAAGUUCACAUCCCAAUGGCUCACAGUCAAGGCCGAGGGAGAAAACCGGAUGGACUUUCAUAACGAGACUAUCCAGGACCUUAUUGCCACUCGUCGCGAUAUGUCCGUUACAUUGGUUUUGACAGAACCACCAAAGAUGUACAAUUAUCGCCCAUCUCUAGGAGAGCAUUCAACUCAGGAAUGGAGUCGAGUUCAGGAAAUAGCGGCUUGGGGUUUGCCUCGCGAUUACUCUUCGUCUUGUCUUGUCUAUCGCAUCUAUUUUUAUGAUGUCAAUUCGUUCGACGAAGUCCUGAGAUUGAAGAACAAGGACAUUACCAACCAUUACUUACCAACUAUUGGAUGGAAUCACAUGGGAAUACAAAGCAAUCACGUUCUUGGACGACAAACAUUUAUCGAGAAGUCUGAGAAUCUUCUCACGUCCGGCAGGGUGCACUUCGCUUUUCUAUUCCAGGUUCAGGCUCUCGUCUGGAACAAUUUCAUCAACCCAGCCAGUGGUAUAAAGCUUCUCGACUUGUUGGAUCGCGUCAUCGAGGAUCACACAGAGCGUAAAGUAGCAAUCCCUGUCACGACAGAUGCUAUGAAGAAACUCUUCCAGGCAAUUCCGUACCCUUGUCCUGGUACGGAUCCCAAGGAGCUAGACGUGCUGAGUAUCAUGACCAACAUCAUGGAAGCCGAAUUCGAAGCUCGUAAAGACAAUCCAGAAAGAGACCGGAUUUAUGGAGGCACGUUGCCACCCAACCAAAUUUGGGUCUUUAAAGCUCUGGUUACACCGACACGAUUGCUUCUCGCUGGCCCAGAAGCGGAGAGUAAAAACAGAGUGUUGCGAAAGUAUUCCGACUACAACGAUCACUUCUUACGCGUCAUGUUUUGCGAAGAAGAUGGCCAGGAGUUGAGAUUCCAUCCGAAAGUGGACAACGAGCCAAUCUAUUCUCACUUCCGACGCAUGAUGGAUAGCGGUAUUCAAAUCGCGGGACGGAAGUAUCAGUUUCUUGGAUUCUCUCACUCGUCUCUUCGAUCACACUCUUGCUGGUUCUCGGCACCUUUUAUCGAUCAAGACUAUCAAUUUCAGAGCCCAGAAGUCAUCUUACAAGCUCUUGGAGACUUCGGAGAGAUUCGAGUUCCAGCAAAAUGUGCGGCACGUAUUGGCCAAGCCUUCUCGGAGACACCAUACGCAGUGCCAAUAGACAAGAACAACAUCGUCCCACACUUGAUCCGCGAUGUCAAAUCUGCAGAUAAAUCCCGUGUUUUCAGUGACGGAGUGGGGACAAUCUCUCAGGAAGCUCUGGAAGAGAUUUGGCCUUAUCUUCCUAUGACUUCUGCAGCACCAACAUGUCUUCAGAUUCGAUGGGGCGGUUGCAAGGGUAUGCUCUCUUUGGAUACCAGACUUCAGGGCAAGGUAUUCUGCAUUCGCGAGGAGUCCAUGAUGAAAUUCAAGAGUGAAGAUACUGAGGAGCUCGGUAUUUGCGACACUGCAUCCAAACCAUUACGACUCGUUCUUAAUCGCCAAAUGAUCAAAAUCCUAGAGGACAUGGGCACAAUGGAUGAAUGGUUUUUCAAACUCCAGAACAAAGCGCUUGACAUCCUUCGCAAUGUCACAGCUGACGCAACCAACACGAGCUCCUUUCUGGAACAUCAGGCAAUCGGUAUAAACAUGGGUCUUCCCAGGCUAGUCAAGCAACUGGAGACAAUGGAUAUCGACUAUCGCCGCGACAAGUUUCUUAAGGCAGCCGUUGAGCAUGUUGUGUUGCGAGAGCUUCGCUUACUCAAGCACAAGGCCCGAAUCCCUGUCGAAAACGGAGUUACGCUGUUCGGUAUCAUGGAUGAGACGGGGUUUCUCAACGAGGGCGAAGUCUAUGUCACAUACGACAAGACUUAUGGCAGAAGUCACGGUCGGGGCAUGAACUCUACUUUGCGUGAUGGUAGAGUUAUAGUCACUCGCUCGCCAGCUCUUCAUCCUGGAGAUAUUCAGAUUGCCAAGCAAGUCACUCCACCACAGGGACACCCCUUGCGAAGUCUUCAGAACUGCAUCGUAUUCAACCAGAAGGGGAAGCGUGACUUGCCAAGUAUGCUGAGCGGAGGAGACCUCGAUGGAGACAUCUACAACAUUAUAUGGGAUCCCGAAGCAAAUCCGCUGAGAAUCUUUUCACCGGCGGAUUAUCCAAGAGUUAGCCCCAGACCUCUGGAUCGUCGAGUCGAACCUCAGGAUAUUGCCGAUUUCUUUAUCAACUUCAUGCGAACUGAUAUUUUAGGAGUGAUUGCAACUAGACACGUCAUCUUGGCUGAUUAUCACGAUUUGGGAACUGCUCACCCUGACUGUGUCGCCUUGGCAGGACUGCACUCCACGGCUGUUGACUUUUCCAAGACGGGUAUCCCAGUCGAUAUCAAAGUCUUACCCAGAAACCCGCGUUUUCGUCCUGACUUUCUCGCCGCAGCACCACCUCUGAAAUUGUAUGACAAGGGACAGUUGGCGCACAUUGGAGAAGACGAUGAGCUCGAUGACGAUGAUGUUAUGGCUCGUUCUGUGCCCAAAUACUACCAAUCUGACAAGAUCCUUGGUCAUCUUUACCGAAACGUUGACGAGAAAAAGAUCUGGGACGAGGACAUUCACCGCAAAAUCAACACUGCUGGACCAUCGGUUUGGGAUCAGUUAUUGACUAUUGUGGAAAACGAAGUCGCCAAGUACGAACUCGAUAUCAAGUGGACGCGCCAGUCAAAAGAAGCUUGGAAGAUACGCGGCCUCUAUGAAUCUGCCAUCAUUGACAAGAUGUGGCACUUUUCGGAAAAUCCCCGUGUACCCUUGACAGAAGUCGAGGUAUUUUGCGGCUUUAUCCUCAACAAGAGAGGUGCCCAGACCCGCCGUCAAGGGGAUGCCUCUAUUAAGCUCAAAGAGGAGAUCGACCGCACAAUGACAUGGAUUGUCAAACAAAUUCGGGACCGAAGCGUAGGCGAUGGAGCAGAGACCCUCAGUACAGUCACCGAAACGGACGCUGUCAAAUCGCGGUGGAGAGAAGAUGUUGUCGAGCUAUGCUGGGCGUGUGUGGCUGUUUCCUGUAUCAAAAAGGAAAAUGCACCUGAUGUAUACCAGGGAGACGGCGAGCUAGAGAGUUUCCGUAUUGUGGCUGCCAGCUGCCUGGUUAAAGAGCUCAACAACCUAGCUCGGAAGAUGGAAACCGUCGCCGGAGGGGGAUUUGUCGGUGUUGGACGUGGUGGACGAAGUGGGCGGGGGGGACGGGGCGGACGGGGCGGAAAGAAUAUGACGCUUCCGAUACGAUGA